UUUUCUCAAAGAGUGUGAUAGUCUGACUGUUAGGUAUGCGUGCAUCUCUGGGACAGGUGUUGUGAAUUGCAUCUGCAACUUUAAGUUUUCCCCUUUGAUCCAAACGGACAACUGUAAAAACGUUUGCCUUCCGUGUCUGGGUGUGUGUUGAGGGGGUAGUCUGAUGUGUGAAAGUAUGUGUGUGUGUGUAUGAGAGAGGGAGUUAAUGGUCGUGUUAGAGCAGUGUAGACAAUUCUGGAGGUUAUUUUGAAAGUGACCACCUCACCGCCGCGGACCGCACACACACAGCUGUCGGGAACCAUGACACAAGAUGACGGAUACGGUUGUCGUAGAGGGACAAGUCAGACUCCGGGAGGGGAAAAAGUGGAAAAAUAGAUGGGUGAUUCUACGAAAACCUUCGCCUGUAGCAGACUGCCUGUCCCUGUUGGUGUAUAAGGAACGCGGAGAGAGGAGCAAAGGGCAGAGAGAGAGGAGUCAGGCCACGCUUAGGGAUAUCUGUGGACUCGAAGCUCUUCAGGGUUUUGAUGGAGUGAAUUAUGUGCUCAGUCUGCUCUGCCUGAGCCUGUCUGUCAUGCUCGGCUUUGACAACAGAGUGACUCUUCUGGCCUGGGACGCUCGUAUUCGCUACAGCCUUGGGGAAGUUCACAGGUUCAGUGUUGACGUUCAGCCUGGCACCAAACUAGAAAGUGGCCCCGCCUCCCUGCAUUUGUGCAACAACUUGCUUGUUAUUGCCAGAGACCUCCCCCCAACUGUCAUCGGCCAAUGGAAACUGUCAGACUUAAGGCGUUAUGGCGCCGUUCCUAAUGGAUUUGUCUUUGAGGGCGGGACAAGAUGUGGCUACUGGGCUGGUGUUUUCUUCCUCGCUUGUGCAGAAGGCGAACACAUCAGUUUUUUGUUCGACUGCAUCGUUCAGGGCAUUUCGCCAAGCAGGGGGCCGUUUGGACUGCGUCCAGUCCUGCCAGAUCCCAGUGCUAACCCAUCGUCUAUAGAAGACAGGAUUAGCCAGGAGGCAAGUGAUCUAGAGAAACGACUCAGCAUGCUGUCUAUAUGUAGCCAACACAGCAGUGCAGCCUCCAGCUUCAGUUACGGUGCCUCCUUGGUAGGAGAUGAUAGAAGUAUCUCCAGCUCCUCCUCUGAGACCAGCCAUUCUGAUAACAGCCUGGGCAGUCGUCUGGCAAUAUGGACCGAGCCGGUCAGACAUCCCACCCCUAUCGAACCUUCAUCAUCAUUAUUAGGGGCUACUGGACCCAAAAUCACAGCCUGUUCUGUCAGCACGUCCAGCGACGAGCGUCUGUACGGAGCAGUUAUGGGAGGACUCCGACCCCCAUCCAAGCCACCUCAACCUAGAGGCCUUCAAGAGGCGGGACGCCAGAACUCAACCGACAGCGGUAUCGCCACAGGGAGCCACUCGUCCUAUUCUGGAAGCUUCUCUUCUUAUACUGGUAGCAUGGAUAAUGGGCACGCAGAGACUGAUGAGUUUGGAUCCUUAAUAAGUCUUCCUCCAAACUCAGUUUUGAACUCAAACACUCCAGUACGGACUGUUACUCUCAUACCCGAGCACAUGUCAUGUGUGUGUCCGCACAGAGACCCUGGAUACCUGGUACCAAAUCAAGCUCUGCAGCAUUACGAUGUCCCACGUCGGCUUGCGCAACAACACUCCUCCGUUCAGGAGCAGUAUUCGACUGCAGUCCAGGAACGGAGGCCUGAAAGCGGAGCGCUUGGACUAGAGGACAUCUCUGCAGACGCCUCUCUUAAACAGACUGUCCCAGUGAGAUUCAACUGGUGUGGUGAAGGAGCAGCGCCCCCUGAAGGCUCAAGAUGCCCAGAAUUACAGCCCGCCAUCUGUCCUGACUGUGGGGGAGGCAAGGUGGUGGAGAGGAGCAGGUGCACGACGAGAGGCAGUUCUGAACACCAGAAACCUUUUCAUGAAACUGACGAUCCUAAAGGCAAUUAUGAGCAAAUGGCAUAUAUGACUGAUGCAUGCAGGUGGCCACAGUUCAGAGCAGGAGAGUAUGGAAGUAUGCGCAUUAGCCCCGAGGACAUGGGACUGACGGUUAUUGACAGACUUCAAGGUGAUUCUGCUAACUAUGUGAAUAUACCAGUCAGCCCUACAUCUAAACGACAGCUACACUAUAUAGAGUUGGAUCUACAAAAUCGCCAGGAGUCAAGCCACACUGUGAGAGUAUCCAACUCGAGCACUAAAUAUGCACACAUUGACAUCACUGCUACAGAGACGGUACAGAGGGUUGGAGCCCAGCAUGCACAGGGCCGAGAGCAGAGACUACAGGAACUAGAACAGAAAAGAAGAGGAACUCUCCCCUGAGCAUAAAACGAACAUACCGUCCAGUGGGGUUCCUGACACAGUAUUUUGUGUAAAUUGUCAGCCCAUCAUAUACUGAAAUCUAUGUACAAAUACAAGUUCAACUUUUCAAAAUUUGUAUAAAGGUUUUAUGAUUUUUUAUGACCAUCCUCAAUAGAAGCAUUUUAAAAGUAGUCUCAGUGUUUUGGACCCCACUGUAAAUUUAUGCAGAGUGACCCUUUACAUUUUAUGCAUUUAAAUAAUAACACAUGUCUAUGGUUGUAAUGAAUUUAUUUUUACAUUAUAUACUACGUGUCCUUUUGUGGAUGAAUGUGUUAUUGUCCCCGAUAUUUACAAUAGAAUGACAAAGGUUUUACUAAAUACAUAAACUGGCUGUCGACAACUGUAAAUAUAUAUUUCCUUCAGUGACCAAUUUUACUCUUUGUGCAUUUAAACAUUUAAAUAUUUCAUAAGAAACGUGUAUUUUUUCAGAUAUUUUUUCUGACAUUUCUUUAUGUAGUAUAACCUCAGAAUAAAGUUAUCAUCUAUAUUGUCAGAGCUCAUUGUUGCCUGUCCAUGACUUUGUCACUCUGAUGGAUCAACAUUUUUCAAACUGUGUGUCGCAGUGACAUGAGGUGGGUCGUGGAAAGUCACUUGGCUUUUGAAUGACACACAAAAAAAUAGUUUAGUCCAGUUAAUGACUGGCAAUAACAAUUGCUUUGAUAUUUUAUCAUUAGAUAGUUUGGUAUUGCAGCUUAAUUUUCAUUUAUCUAGUGAAAAUAAAAACUCUUCUACUUAUAGAGGAUGAAUGUGUGUUUUUCUCCCCACAUUUCCAUUUUAAAACAUUUUGGUGGGUCUCGAGAUAAAUUAUACCUGUCUAGGUGGGUCCUGGAAUGAAAAUGUUUGGUAAUCGCUGAUUUAAAAGACAAAAACAUUUAUUAUUUCAUUUAUUAUCAAACACAAUUAAAGGCAUUAAAAACUAUUUAAAUCUUUCAGGUUCAAAACAAUAGUACCAUAGAUAAGUAUUAGUUUGUAUACAGUAGUAUUUUGGAGACAACGUUUUUAACAUUAACAAUAAAGAUUAUGAGUUAUGUCCCGACCACAUUUUUAAACAACACUUCUGCAGUCAUGAUGUGAUUCAGUCAGUAUAACGGAUAACUCAAGGUCUCCCGAAUGCUUCACAUUCUUAUAACCUAUUCCAACCCCCAAAGCACAUCUCUUUCUAUUUGCUUUGAAAUGUAAUUGUGAUGUUCAGCUUAACAGUAACGCUCAAUACUGUCAAACUCAUUCAAAUGCAAGUCAAUCAGUUUGUGUGCAAUUUCAUUUUUUGACUAUUUACGCACCUAAAAGAAUCACAUAAAUGACAAAAAGAUCAGGACCAAAAUGACCAAAUCGU